AUGGAACUUGGUUGUGAUGCCCGAGGUCAUUCUCGUGCUGGAAAUGAUACUGUAUCAUGGUAUUGUGUUAUUCUAGCCGGAAGGCUCAGCCCAGAACUUAACAAGAUGCGUGAAUGGGUUGGUAGAGGGGAAGGGAUUCAAGAACGAUUAUCAAUAGAUAGUGAGUUGAGUGAAGCUGACAAAGAGCAAUCGUCAGUAUUGGCCGAUGCACUUAAAAGCAAGCGAUUGACAUUUGCUUGGCUUGACGGAGAAGCCCAAGAAGAUGCCUUUACUGGAGGCUGUAUGUGCUGCAGAGCAGUGCAGUGGAAAUCUGCGCCAUGGGUUCUAUGUGAUGGAAUAAAUAGCUCUGCUGGGCUGGGUUAUGGGGUACACAAUUCUGCUUCUGCAUUGAAAGUUAUAGUGAAAUCCAAUCGUUUCAAAAAUUUCUCCUCUCCUGCCAUUUAUUUCCUACUGAACACGACAGUUGGUCUCUACUCAAUCCUUCUACCCAUUGUCCUUCCUGACACACCCCUUCAACUAGAGUUUAAGUUCCUUUGGAUUCAGAAAUAUUGUUCCUACUACCUUCAUUCAGAAACCGUAUAUGAUACUUGUGGACCAAGGAGGGAUUUGAAUGAUGUACCUAAGUUAUUUAUUGUGCGCUAUAAAAGGAAUGCUUCUGAGAAUGAUGUAAAGGUUGAGACAAAGCCAAAGAAUAUUUUUAAUAUGUUUGAAGAUGAGAAUGCAGAUACUGCAUCACAACUUGUUGCCAGAUACAAUGGCUCGGAUGAAACUCCACAGUUACAUAAUGAUAAAGUGUCCAUAUUCCUUGUAGAUUUGAUGAGUAUUAGUGGUUCCAGUCCUGUUUUUAGUGCUCAUGUUGAAACAAAUAUGAAGUUUUUUACUGUGGCUCCAUAUGGGUUAACAGUCUUGGAAUGGAAGGAGGAGAGAGAGAGGGAGGCAGGGGAGAUUGUUCUGAUAAAUUUUGUUGCUAUUGUCCACCUUAGAAGUGCAUGGUGCAAAAGAUCAAAAACUCCCGAUCUUGUUCCUGAGGAUUCAGAGCCUAUCUGGUCAAGAGGUGCUCAAAGCAUCUUUUCUAAAGGCAUAGGAAUCAAGCAGAGGAUCUACAACAACAUUAACAGAAUUUAUGAUUACCUAGGAGAUCCAAGAAUUGGCCCAAUAUUACUUUUGGGAGCUUUAAUUUCUUCCGGUACCAUAUGGCUGAUCAGGAGCCAAUCAACUCAUCCUAGUCACGCAAGUCAGCUAAGUAAGUCAAAUACCAAGGUGCAUGGAAUGUUUAGGUAUGGCUUGGGCCAAGAUGGUGCUGGUGGAGAUGGAAGUGGCAGCGAAGGGAGUUGUGGGGGGCAGUGGCAAUGCGUGGUGCGAUGGGAAGAUGAAACUAGAGCAAGGCGGAGAGAUAGAGAAAAACACACAGCAAAGAAAGAUCGACCUCCUUCCAUAACUGAUAGUGAACCAAAAGGUGCGUACCAGAUGCCGCUGUCAGAUUCUGAAUCUGAGUAG